UCAUCUCAAACAAACUUUCUAACUAACUAACUAACUUACCGUUUAUACUAGUGAACAUUGACAAAAUAUGUUCAAAAACAAAACAGCUUGGUUUUCAGACAGUGUAAAUAAAGAUGUGAGGAGAUUUUGGGCUUCACAGGGUGGAAUUAUCUCCGACUGGAAAACAGCUGAUUACCUCUUUAGCAACGAUGCGGUCUGUCCUGAUACACAAAGGAUCCAUUGUAGUGAUGAGUAUGUGAGAGACAGAGCCACAGUGUUCCACAGUGCCUACCUGGAUACCUGUAGACUACGGUGGAGUACUAAAUCUGUGCCACUUGGUCACUAUCUGCUGCCUCCUCUUUCUGUACAGAAGGAGGUGAAGGCCGUGAUUGGAAGAUUUAUUUGGGAGCAGGAGGAGCUGUUGGGAAAUGUCACACAGCAGGAAACCAGAAGAACCGAGCAGGUUUCAACCAUUCAGCCUGGUGGAAGAAGUCCAAGAACUGAAGAACCAAUCAGGCAGAACAUCAUGAUGACGUCUCCACCCAGAGAUCCAUCAGCCUGUUGUGAGGUGCAGCUUUACCCUGUAAACAACAUGAUCUCAGGAUUUGUUCAUAUUGACCAGCUGAAAAAGUUCACAGGUGAACUGCACGACUUCCUCCCAUCCCACUCUGGGUCCUCCAUCAGAUGUUCCUACAAGAGACUCUCUAAGCAGUAACAAUAACAAUACUAAUAAUACUAAUCAUAAUCAUAAUAAAAUAUCCCCUUCUGUUUUAAUUGUUA